AUGAUGGACGACGCCGCGCAGGUCCAGCAGCUCGAGCUGCUAUGCCAGGCGUUCUACGGCGGAGGCAGCAAGUCGGAGCAAAAUGAGGCGCACCAGGUGCUCCUACCGCUCGCGAGCAAUCCUGCGAACGUCCCUCGACUGCAAAUCAUCUUGGCCAAGUCAAACAACCUCCAGGCGCUGCUCUUCGCCACCGCCGGGCUCACCAACUUGUUCACGAAGCACUGGUCGCAAAUCCCCGACCAGCUGAAGCAAGACACGCGUCACUUUGUCUUAAACUACCUCUACCAGAGAGGCCCCGACCUCCUGCACAACGCGCCCGAAAUCCUCGGCCACUUUGUGCGACUCCUCUGCAGAGUAGUCAAACUCUCCUGGCUCGAAAGCGUCAGCAACCAGAAGAUCGUCGAGCAAGUGAAUCAGUUCCUGAAUGCGUCGACGGCGCACUGGGUCGUGGGGCUGUCGAUCUACACGGAGUUGACGCAGGAGAUGCAGCCGCAGAUGGGCCGGCAGAUGGCGCGUUUGCGCCGGACUGCGUUUUCCUUCCGGGACACGGCGUUGCUGGACAUCUUCAAGGUGGCUGUUCAGACUCUGCAGCAGUUCCACUCCGGGGCUAUUCGGGUUCCGAAUCAGCAGGAAGAGACGCAGCUGCUCAAGCAAGUCGUGCAGCUCACCCACAACUGUCUCUCCUUUGACUUCCUGGGCACCGUCCCCGACGACGCGACCGACGAGCAGACGACUGUGAUGCUGCCGCAGAGCUGGACCAUGCUCAAGGACGAGAGUUUUCCCAAAACCCUGUUCGAACUCUACGAGCUGUGCUGGACGAGCCGCGAGGGGCUGCUCGCCGCCGCAAGCAUCGGAGACGCUGCGGGCGCCGCCGCGCUCGACGGCGACGGGGCGCGGGGCGGGAACGGAAACACAGGCAUGGCCGAGUCCGGCGCGGGCCGCGCUGGCGCCGCCGGGUUCGCCUUCUACACGCCGCCUCAACUCCGCGUGGACUGCGCGCAGCUCUGUUUGUCCAGCUUGGUUCUCGUCGCGGCGCUGCGCCGGUCUUUCUUCUCGCGGGACCAGGAGCGCGCCGACUGCCUCAGUCAGCUGAUUCUCGGCACGUCGCGAAUCAUCGACAAGAACCUCGGACUGCACAACGACAUGUGCUACCACGAGUUCUGCCGCCUGCUCGGAAAGAUCAACGCGGCGAACCAACUCAGCGAACUGUGCACGUCGAAAGCCUUCGCGGACUGGACAGCGAAACUCUUCCAGUUCACCAUGUCGUCCCUCGAGGACUGGGGGCGACUCCCCAACAGCAAACAUUACCUCCUCGGCGUCUGGGCGCACAUGGUCUCGCCGCUACUCUUCUUCCGAAACACCGUUCCUCGACAACUCGACGUCUACAUCCAGCGCAUCACCACUGCGUUCAUCGUCAGCCGCAUGCAACUUGCCGAAGCCAUGGCCUCCCAACCAGAUGACUUGGAUUUGGAGAAUCCUCUGCACAACGAAGUCCUGCGAGCCGAGCAGCUGGAUGUGCUGACGCAGCUAGGCCGCUGUCGCUACGCCGAAACGGCGACGAAAGUCCUCGAGCUCUUUCACGAGACGCGGGCGGCGGCCGAGCAAAAGGCGAUUUCUCGGGACGUUUUCCAGCAGAAAAUCACCUGGCUGGUAUACAUCGUCGGCGCUCUGAUCGGCGGUCACUGGACGGGGCGGGUUCCGAUGGCUGCUGCCGACGACGAGUCACAAGGCCCAUCGCACGUCGUCAACGCCGAGCUGGCGAAACUCGUCUUCAAGCUCAUCGACGAAACUAACAAGUUCACAGACACUCCAGAGAGCCUCGAGUUGGGCUACCUCUACUUCCUGGAACAAUUCCGCAAGGUGUACAUCGGCGAACACGCCAAGCAAGUGGUCAACAUGCAGAGUCCCGACCGCUUUGCCGCAGUUCUCGGCGCGUCAAAUGACGAUGAAGUCUUGGGUUUGCUGGUCACCAAGAUCGGUUUCAAUCUGCAGCAGAGAGCAGACAUGGAAGAUGUGAUAAAGCGGACUUUGUCGCUUUUCCACGAGCUUGCGUCUGGAAUGAACAUCGUCCACUGUACAGACAGGUCCCCGCACCUCAUCAUUUCUGGUCGUCUCCUCCUCAACAACCCAACCGCCAAUUACCUUCUUCAGCACCACCGCAACGAAGAAUUCAAGUUUCUCCACGUCAGGGGAUACGGAAAGUAUCGAACAACUUACUACUUUACGUUGGCGAAACUCUUGUUUCUGAGAAUCGGAAGCAGCGGCACCGGCCGAGGCACGGCGGCCGAGCAGUUUGAGGCUUUCAUGACUCCGAUGAGUGCGGUUUUUGACCAGCUGUGGCAGCGCACAGCUGACGGCUCCAACAUUCAAGCGCUCGCAGAUCCUCAGUGCCGCGACCCUCUCAUUGGGCUCGUAAGAGAUCUCAGGGGCAUUUGCAUGGCGUGCAACACAACAGAGUCGUACUCGACGAUGUUCUCUUGGCUGAUCAAUCAUCCGAAGCAGCCAGGAAAGUCGAGAAUUCACCUGUUUACGUGGGCGGCCGGUAUAUGGUGGGAAGACCCGGAGGUGAUCAUUCCGCUCCUCAAGUUUACUGCGGAGUUUGUGCACAAUCGGAGUCAACGAAUUUCUUUUGACCAAGCAUCCGCAAACGGCAUUCUCCUCUUCAAGGAAGUCUCUUCCAUUCUCGUCUCCUACGGAAAGAGGAUUUUGGAGAAGCAAGAUUUCCGGGACAUGUACAAAGAAAAGUACAAGGCCCUCGCUGUUGCCUUGGAGAUGUUCAGCCACGCGCUGAAUGGGAACUACGUGAACUUUGGAGUUUUCGACGUGUACGGCGAUGGCACCUUAAACGACUCUCUCAAGCUUUCUCUCUCCAUGUGUCUCGCGAUCCCCGACGAAGAUCUGCAGGCUUAUAUUCGAUCGCUGAAGGCGUACUACUCCUUCCUGGACCUUGCGACGAAAAACUUCAUGUCUCAGGUCCUCGAAUUGUCUCCGCCUCUGCUGGCUCAGCUGAUUCGCGCCGUCGAGGAAGGGUUGUGCUCCUUCGAGCCCGGUGUCGCGAUGCAGUGCUGCUCGAUCAUCGACAAUCUCGUGACGUUCUUCUACCAGAACUUAAACAGCCCAGACGCUGAGGGACAGGCUGUUCGUGUUUUCCUCGAAUCCCAGUCCCAGUCUCUCAAGCGAAUUCUACAACUCAUGUUCCAACUUGUCAUUACAGGAGAGUUCACGAGCGUGUGGAGCAUGUCGAGACCAUUGCUUGGGUUGAUCCUGCUGCAAGAACAGGAGUUCCUCGCGAUUAAGCAGCAACUGAUUGAACAACAAAGCAAAGAGAAGAAGACCAAAUUGGAGGGCUUUUUCGGCGAACUCAUGGCGGACGUUGAUUCGAGUUUGGAAAACAAAAACAAGGAUCAGUUUACCCGAAACUUGUAUCAGUUUUCGUCUCAUGUGCGCCAGUGUUUGGCGUAG